AUGUUGUGUUUCACAAGGGUUUUCAUACGUAUAUCCAAUGGCCCGAGGUUUUUGAGGGUCAAGGGUAAUUGCUCUGAAUACUAUAGUAAUAAUUUGAUGAAUAAUGAUUCUGAUACUAAGAGGAAGAGUUAUGGGGUGAGGAAAGUGAAGACAUAUGCUUCGUGUAUGCUUCCUUUGCUGCAUGAUUCAGAGGAGGUUGCUACGGUGGAGGAACCGCAAAUUGGGCUGAAUUCGAGGGCUUCCAAUGGCAAUUGUGGCGGUGGUGUUGGUGGUGCUAAUAGAGGAAGUUCCACUGGGUUUGGAGACCAGGAUUUCCCCGAGAAAAUCAUGGUUGCAGUGGAUGUUGACGAGGUCCUUGGGAACUUCAUAUCAGCUAUUAAUCAGUUCAUUGCCGAACGUUACUCUCUAAGUCACUCAAUUUCCGAGUACCAUGUGUACGAGUUUUUCAAGGUAUGGAACUGCUCACGUGACGAAGCUGAUAUCCGUGUUCAUAAGUUCUUCGAGACUUCUUAUUUCAAGAAAGGGAUUCAUCCAAUUCCAGGUGCUCUAAAAGCUCUUAGAAACUUAUCCGAAUUUUGUAAUUUGUCCGUUGUUACGUCACGACAGAAUGCAAUUAAAGAAGACACAAUUGCAUGGAUUGAGAAACAUUAUCCAGACCUCUUUCAGGAGAUUCACUUUGGAAAUCACUUUGCUUUAGAAGGACUAGCGAGACCGAAAUCAGAUAUUUGCAAGUCUUUGGGAGCAAAAAUUUUGAUUGAUGAUAAUCCAAGAUAUGCUACUGAAUGUGCAGAUGCUGGGAUAAGGGUUCUUCUUUUCGAUUAUGAAAAUACUUAUCCAUGGUGCAAGACAGAGUCUGUCAAUCAACAUCCUCUCAUCACUAAGGUCAAUAACUGGGAAGAGGUGCGACAUUUAGUGUCGCAGAUAGUUUCUUGA